CAUGUCAAAUGAGCUUUUCCAAGGACCUUCCCACAUUUCCGUUGACAUUUCCCGAUGUUUAUAAACAUGACUCUAGACUGAGAGUCAAACUCACCAAGUCCAAAGAGCAGGCUGGCCUUAAUAGUCUGGUUCAAGAUGGGAAACGAUCACAUCUUUUGGUCUUUCAUCCUUUGAGGACGCUCAACUGCGGCUCUGUGACACAGCGCACUGGAUCACAUGCAGACUUGGUACCACCUAGGACAGUGGCGGAUUAAUCGAUAAGUAAUAGUUUUUGCAUUGCAAAUAUGACUACGUUUAUUGGCGCUCUGUUUAUUUUUAUGGAUAUCCUAUUAUAUGCGAAAUUGAACUAUUGCAUCGAAAUAGAUUUUUGCGUACCUGUUCGAUUAGACCAUAAACAUUUAGAAAGACAUACUAUUCGACAGACGGAGGAGAGAAAGAAUGACCAACUAGUUGUUUUUAAAAUAAUGGCUUUCAGUCAAGAAUUUUAUCUCAACCUUUUACCGGAUUCUACAUUUAUUGCGCCCAACAUCCCUCCUCACAGCGGCUCCUUAGCAUCAAAUUCCUCUGCAGCCACAGACCUGAGCCACUGCUUCUACUCUGGCGAUGUCAAUGCAGAUCAGGAAUCGUAUGCUGCGCUGAGCCUCUGCAAAGGCUUACAAGGCGCCUUUUCUUACCAGGGCAUGGAAUAUUUCAUCAAUCAGCUUACGAACGAGAGGGCGAGAAGAACCCACGUCAUACGCCGCCGGGGACGCGACCGGGACUCCAGCGGCAAUUCCACCACGAACAGGUGUGGAGUAGAACCUGGUUUAACCCAAAGCAUUUCAGGGUCUUUUGAGAAAUAUAAACACAUGAAAGGAAGGGAGAUGGACAGCCUGACUGAAACUGUAUUGAAGAGCCUGGGUAGAUCCAAAAGGUUUGCCUCCAUCCCUAGAUUUGUGGAGGUUCUUGUCGUGGCUGAUGAGUCUAUGGCCAAAUUUCACGGGGAUGACUUGAAACAUUACCUGUUGACCCUGAUGUCUGUUGCUGCGAAACUGUACAAGCACCCCAGCAUCAUGAACUACAUAAACAUAGUGGUAGUGGGCUUCAUGGUGAUCAACGAAGCAGAGAAAGGACCCAAGGUUUCCACCAAUGCUGCCCUCACUCUACGCAGUUUCUGUUCUUGGCAGAAACAUUUAAACAAAUACAAUGACAAGCACCCUGAAUAUUGGGACACUGCAAUCCUAUUCACCAAACAGGACUUGUGUGGAGCCACAACCUGUGACACCUUAGGCAUGGCAGAUGUGGGAACUAUGUGUGAUCCCAAGAGAAGCUGCUCUGUCAUCGAGGAUGACGGUCUCCCCUCGGCCUUCACCACUGCUCAUGAACUGGGCCAUGUCUUCAACAUGCCCCAUGACAAUGUGAACGCCUGCAAGGAGGUGUUUGGGAAGCUCAGGGACAACCACAUGAUGUCCCCCACGCUGAUCCAGAUUGACCGUGCCAACCCAUGGUCUGUGUGCAGUGCAGCCAUCAUUACAGACUUCCUGGACAGAGGCCACGGGGACUGUCUUCUGGAUCAGCCCCAAAAACUGCUGGCUCUGCCUGAGAGCCUCCCAGGCACCAACUACAGCCUCCACCGCCAGUGUGAGCUGGCCUUCGGUACGGGCUCCAAGCCCUGUCCCUACAUGCAGCAUUGCUCCAAGCUGUGGUGCACGGGCAAGGCCAGAGGCCAGCUGGUCUGCCAGACACGUCAUUUCCCCUGGGCCGAUGGCACCAGCUGUGGCAACAGUAAGCUCUGCUUCCGAGGGGUGUGCACCGACAAGAACAAUACCAAUAAGACCAAGGUGGACGGUGGAUGGGGGACGUGGGGUGUGUAUGGGUCAUGUUCCAGAACCUGUGGGGGAGGAGUUCAGCUAGCCAAAAGAGACUGUAGCAACCCUGUUCCAGAAUAUGGGGGGAAAUACUGCCAAGGACUCCGUAUGAAGCAUCGCUCCUGCAAUUUGGACGCCUGCCCAGAACCAGGAAAAAGCUUCCGUGAGGAGCAGUGUGAGGCAUUCAACGGAUUCAGCCUCAACACCAACAGGCUCUCAGCGUCUGUGGUGUGGGUCCCCAAAUAUUCUGGAGUGUCACCCAAGGACAAGUGCAAGCUCAUCUGCAGAGCCAAUGGAACAGGCUACUUCUAUGUCCUUGCUCCAAAGGUUGUUGAUGGAACACCCUGUUCUCCUGACACCUCUGCAGUGUGUGUCCAAGGGAAAUGUAUCAAGGCGGGCUGUGACGGCAAGCUCAGCUCCAAUAAGAGGUAUGACAAGUGUGGUGUGUGUGGAGGGGACAACCAAAGAUGCAAGAAAGUGUCCGGAUUGUUCACCAAACCCAUACAUGGCUACAACUUUGUGGUGAUGUUGCCUGUGGGAGCGUCCAACAUCGACAUCCGGCAGCGUGGCUACCGAGGCUUGGUUAACGAUGACAACUACCUAGCGGUGAAGAACCGACAUGGCAAAUACCUUCUGAACGGGAACUACGUGGUGUCAGCGGUGGAGCGGGACAUCAUUGUGAAGGGCAGCCUGCUGCGCUACAGUGGCACCACUAGUGCUGUGGAGAUCCUCCAGGCCACCAGGCCUCUCCAAGAAGCACUGACCGUAGAGGUCCUCUCGGUGGGGAAGAUGACCCCUCCCCGGGUCCGCUAUUCAUUCUUCCUGGCCCGGGAGCACCAUAAGGAGGAGAACAUCUUGAAGAAAAUGGAGAGGAGCCACUCGCAGAACAGCGUCCUGAUGGACCGCAACAAGGUGAAGCUAAAGGAGUCGUCGCACAAGUCCAUGCCCCCGAACAUGUGGUCAACGGGGGCAUGGGAAGAGUGCACCGUGACCUGUGGGAACGGGCUCCAGAGUAGACUGGUUCAGUGUACGGACCCAGAGGGCAAAACAGCCACGGACUGUGACAGCUUACAGAGGCCGGGGGCCACCAGGGUAUGUGGGGACCCCUGUCCCAUGUGGGACAUAGGCCAGUGGUCUUUGUGCUCCAAGACAUGUGGGAGGGGCUUCAAGCGGCGGCCGCUGCGUUGCACCACUCAGACUGGCAUGCACCUACCCAGAGAGCACUGCUCUGGCAUGAAGAAGCCCCAGGAACUAGAUUUCUGCACAGCGCAGCUGUGUUAGAGAAGUUCUAUGUCUGCUGAUUCUUUGUGUUGUUCCAGUGAUGCUCUUGAAAAGAAAACCCAUUCGCUGUCCUAUUGGGCUCUGACAAACUCCCGUAGUGCAUGGCAUUGUUGGUAUUUGAAACAGCUAAGGGAAAGAAAGUGAUAGAGGUACAAAAUGUGGGACCAUUUCAGUUGAGUUGGAGUUACUGGCAGUGCCCGAAUACUCGUACUCGUGUCCUAAGUAGUAGGGUUUUUGAGUAUGCGAAAAAUAUAAUGUUUUAUUGUAUGGGAAAUGUCUAAUAUUGAGUGUUUUUAAUGCCAGGACUUCUUUUGGCUUUUAAACUAAUAUGAAUUUGCUGUACACUAUUGAGGAAGAUGAUCGUGUUUAUUAGAUCCACGUGAGUUUGACAACAGCUGAUAAACAGAAAAGGGGAGGGGCUGUACCAAAAUGAACUCAAGGCAGGGAACAACCCGCCUACUCAUUAGAUAAUACCCUCUCAGUAUGGAUGAGCCUAGUAUGUUGAUAUCUGUUGCUUACUGCAAAUAUUUUAACAAACAGUGUGUUCUAAACCAUAUGUGGUAAGGUUAAUACAUUGUUUAUUCUUUUAGUUCUUUUAGUAGGCAAGAACGAUUUUGGACACAGCCACAGCCAUUCUACCUCUAGUGAGACAAAGAGUAAAACACAAAUGCACACACAGCACUGGUCUAGGUACAGUCUAUAUACAGGAGGUCUAUAGACUUGCUGUAUUUGACACCAGACACUCAGUCACCUUCAAAUCAGCAACUGGAUUAUGGAGCAGUAUGUUAGCUAUCUUUGAUUUAUAGACAUCUGAAACAGUGAACAUCUUUCAUCUGUGAUUCACCAUCCCCAUCUUUUCCUGUAAUAAUCUUAAUGAAAUGUGAAAUGCAGUACUGUAUCUGCAAAAUAUAAGACCUGUUUGGUCCAUGCACUAGUUUCAAAUGAUAUUUUUGUAUUUACAAUGGAAUUGUAUUAACAAUGUUAAUUGUUAAACUAUUAGGUACAUUGACAUAAAUUAAAUAUCAUUUAAAAAAAUUGAAAAAUACAAUUGUAAUCUGAACUAUUUGCUAAAGUCUUGUUAAAACCCUACAAUAUACCUUUAUCCGUUUCCAUGAUUAAACAGUUGAUAGUAAUAUUUCUCAUAUGAUAAUUAAAAAUAGUUAAUGAAAUAUCCUAUACACUUGAAAAGAUUAUCAGCAAAUGGCAAUUAUAAAAGCAAUUAUGAAUAGGAUUUUAAUCAAUCCAGUGAUGCAAUAAAGCAGUGCAAAUUUGGACAAACAAUUAAAUAUUUUAAGAGAAAGAAACCAUAUGUGUAUAUAUAGACAUAGAGAAUCAAACGCACUGUAUGUACUAUAUAACUAAUGAUUCGUUUCAAGAAAUAAUGUACUUGUAUUGUGCAAUGCAUCAUUUUCCUCUUAACGUUGUGUCUUGAACAGUGCAAAUUUCACAACGCUCAGAUUGCAGUCAUGUUUCGCCAAAGAAAUGAGGAUACUGAAUAUGAGGAAAGCCUUUGUACUGCAAGAGACACAUCUCAGAUUCACUACGUGAACUUGACAUAGCAUAGCUUUCUUACCUCUUGCAGUAGAGUGGAUGCUGAUAUUCUUCCUUGUCCCCUUUUGCAUGAUGGUCAUUUGAGAAUUUGAGUUUCAAGUAAAUACUAUUAGUUACAGUGUGUUCAGUUCAGCUAUUUCAAUGCAAUGCUGGUAAAUUAUCAUAGGAACUUUACAAGACCAUGUCACAUCAUCAGCAAUGCAAUUUCUGAAACUUUGUCCUCUCAACUGACUUUUCUAAUAAAGCCUGUGUUACAUUAUUAUGUAAUAAUAAUUGUUUUAUUACAAUGCAUAGGAAAGUGACAAAAGGCUUUUUGUUUUGCUCUACAUUCCAUUUAGACCCACUGUCAAUGAAAAGGUACUUUCCUAGCACAGAAUCCACUCCCAUGAUACCAUUCUGUUGUUUAUUUAGUCUUGGUUCAGAGGAACCACAUCUUCCAUCUAAAAGAUGGUUCCUGUAUUCUUUGGAAUUGGAAUUGUUUAAUUUUCUUUUGCGUUAUGUACAGCAAAAGACUUGCUCUUUCAUCCGCUGCAUUUGUAUACUAUGUAUACAUUCAUCUGUGCACAAAUAAAUAACACGUCAAUAUUG